AUGGACACUCCUCAAGGCACUGAAAUUCCUACACUCUCCGGCGUUGAAGUCAAACUGCCUCCGUUUUGGACUGCGGAUCCUGCAUUGUGGUUCAUUCAGGUAGAAUCACAAUUCGCUGCACGGCGCAUCACAGCAGAUUCCACGAAAUACCAUUAUGUGGUGAGCAGUCUGCCCCCAUCAACCGCUAGCGAAGUUCGAGACCUGUUGCUUUCUCCACCAGCAGACAACGCUUACGAGGCGUUGAAGGCAACACUCAUUCGCAGGAUCACGCCCUCCGAAAGCCAACGGCUACAACAGCUUCUUCAUGAAGCCAGCCUCGGCGACAGAACGCCAAGCCAGCUGCUGCGUCACAUGCAGCAAUUAUUGGGCAGCAAAGUGGACGGUCUUGACAGCCUGCUGCUCCGAGAAAUAUUUCUACAGAAAAUUCCCCCGAACGUCAGAAUGGUCAUGACUGCCUCAAAUGAGAACGAUCUAUCCAAACUGGCCGAGUUAGCCGACAAGCUCGCUCAUGGCGGUAGCUCCCACAUCUGUCGCAGCCGUCACAAGCGAACCGUCUCCCCAUGA